AUGACCGACACGGCAUCUUCCUCGAGGCCCAAAGUGGUCCUCACACGUCCUCUACCCACUUGCAUCCUGGACGAAGCCAAAGCCGCAGGCGCGAUCGACCUGAAGAUUUGGAAAGAUGCGGAACGACCUGCGGAUAGAGACUGGCUUUUGCGCAGUGUGGAAGGAGCGGAUGCCGUGCUGGUCAUGAUGAGCGACAAGGUGGACGCGGAGCUGCUGGAUCGCGCUGGACCUUCUUUGAAGAUCGUUUCUUGCAUGAGCGUAGGCUACGAUCACGUCGAUACAGCCGAGCUGAAACGUCGAGGUAUCCGGCUAGGUCACACUCCUGAUGUGCUCAAUGCAGCAGUGGCAGAUCUGGUCUUGCUGCUCAUCCUCAGCACCACCAGGUUGUUGCCCAACGCCAAGCGGACGGUGGAUGAGGGACGUUGGCCACAAACACCUUGGGCUCCGCUCAGCUUCGCAGGUCCGAGCUUGCAAGGCAAGACCAUUGGCUUUGUGGGAUUUGGCGCGAUUGCCCAAUCCACUCUUCUCCGCUUGCUGCCGCUCGGUCCUACUCGCUACAUCUACCUCAAUUCUUCUCCCCAGCCUUUCGACCUUGACAAUCCUAAAUUUGCAGCCCUAAAAGCAGGCGGCUUGGAGAGGCUCUUGCCUGCGUACGAAGCGGUGCAGGGAAGCAGGAUCAGCAUAGAGAAUGCCAGGGACUUGGAGGAUCUGUCCAGGCAGUCGGAUGUGAUUGUCGUGCUAGCGAGCUUGAACGCAAAGACGAAGCAUUUGAUAGAUGGGCGAUGCUUUGAUCACAUGAAACCCACAGCGCACCUCGUCAAUGCCGCUCGAGGGCCUUUGGUGGAUACCUCCGCUCUAGUCUCUGCGCUUCAACAAGGCAAAAUGGCCGGCGCAGGACUAGACGUCUUGGAGGGUGAACCGGUUAUUGGAGCAUCGCACCCAUUGUUAUCGGAUGAGAGCAUCAGGGAUAAAGUCUGCUUGUUGCCGCACAUGGGCAGCGCUACGUUGGAAGCUAGAAGAGGCAUGAGCGAGCUGGCGGCAGCGAAUGUGCUGCAUCAGUUGGGCUUUGCACACCUCGUAGAGGGCAGAGGGAGCAGACUUGUUCAAUUGUAA